AUGAGGCCGUUCUGUGGAUCCCGGCUGGCGAAAGCUCAGCAGCAGCGGAGAAGAGCCAGGAAAGCAGACGCCCUUCACAUCCGCAACCAGCUGCGGCACAGUGGGGAGGAAGGCUUUGUCUUUGGGCAGAAGGGCUACAUGGCAGGCAUCCCCACAGCUCCAGGUGGAGAAGCAGGGCAGCGGCUGCGGGCAUGCCUGCAGAACAAACCACACGAGUUUGUGGCAGUGGCUCUUCGGGAGCUCCAGUCAGCCUUUGGCGCCAGGAGAGGGCGCAAACAAUCUGGAGAGCGGAAGGGGGCAGCAGAGCAGGAUGAGCGCCGGCGACGCAUCCUGGAAGACAUCAUAUAUUACUGGAUGCUGGCUGAGGCCUACAUUCAGCACCCAGCGCUGCAGGCAGACAUGCGGUCUGAGCUUAGGAUGCCCUACUCGUCGUCGGCGGACGAUCAGGAGAGCAAGCAGCACUGGCUGGCGCAGCAGAGGAGCUGCCAGGCGUACGCGCUGGCGGCAGGCAACGAUCCGCUGCGCCUCCAGUCGCGCGUGCAGCUGUUGGACGAGGACUUCCAGGGGCAGUACAUGAUCGGUUCUGUGCAAUUUGUAAGGGACACCCCUGCAGACGCGCCCAGCGGAUCAGACCUGGGCUCGGUCUCGAGCGGCGUUGCCUCCCAGGGGAUUUCGUGGGGCGGCGCGGGGAGCGACGCCGCUCGGCUGAUGAGUCAACAGCAUCCACUGGACGUCGUUCUGGGCAGCCACGGCGCUGGACCCAUCACACCAUACGAGGCGGACACGCCUGCGAGGAUGAACCGACAGGGCGCGGCGCGGACGUACCACACCUACAUGAAUUGGGGCUACUUCCAGCGGCGAAUGGCGCAACAGCGCGACUCUCCCAACACUUCAGAGCCGGCAGCCGCCGAUGCUGACUCAUCGGCCGCCGGCUCUGCAGACUCGCAUGUCUCAUAUGCAGGCGAUGCGUGCCGCGUGUGGCGCUACUUUGAAUCGGUGCCCGAGGAGAUGAGCAGCAUGCGCACUCAGGAGGCAGCAGCCGUCGCAGACCGGCACCUCAGGGCGCUGUUUGGCACGGAGGAGGAGUGCAUAACAUCGCUGGCGGCCUGGCAGCAGAUGUGCACCGAGGCCCGCUGGAUUGGCCGAGCGCUCUUUGACGCUGAAGGCAUUGUGUUGCAGCACACUCAGCCGCCUCCUGACCGCUGA